AGCACGACGUGGCUGCAGGUCAUCAUACAGAAGUAAGGAGUUUUUCUGUUUUCGUCGAAAGUCACGAAAGUGCGAGAUGACGAGAGCAUCAUCAACAUUCCCAACUAUAUUUUGCUUUCGUAUCGGAAUCUAUAUCGGAAGUGUUGAAUGCUUCUCCGUCCUUGGUUGAGUAUUGGAUAUCGGGAUGAACAAUCGGGAUUUCGAAAAACGUCCAAGAAAACUUGUAGAGACAGAGCGAAAGAAGACUCGACCCACAUCCUCAUAUCCUCUCUUCCCCAAACUCAUCAAUCGCCGUGCCCCUCAUAAUCGCGUUUCUUCAUCAGGUGACUCAUCCGUUAUCAACUACAUCACUUCAAUCUCAAAAUCUAAAUCCAAAAAAAUAGAAGUAUUCAUUAUAAGUAGAAAAUUUCAUUUGAUAGCAUCAUGGUAUCGACUUCCUUCGGGAGUGUCGCGAAGCCAGAAUGAGGUUGAUGUUGUCCUCUUGAAGAUGAAGCAUAAGACCACCAAUUGAACUAGAAGUUGUACAAUUAAAAGAAGAACUCAAUGCCUUCCAGCCAGGCGGGCUCCGCCACUUCCUCACGCUUGGCUGAAAAGCAGCGUGAGGAAUGGGCUUAUUUGGAACAACGUGCAGAGAAGAUCCGUACUGGUGAGAUCAUUAAGGCUACUGUUUCAGGAUGUCCUAAAAAGUCCUUAAAACCAUGAUCGGAUUAAAAACACCAUGGUUGAAUGAUCCUUGGCUCUUGCAUGUCCUUAACACCAUGGAUGAUCCAUGGAGGUUCUUCUUUUCCUAAUUGCAUUUCAACAUAAUCCUCAGCUGUCUUGCAUCUCCUCGUCGUCGUCCUUAACACCAAUAUUUAUACAUUUACAAAUAUCCCUGUCUGCUCUUCUUUUUCUACUUGAAAAAGAUAGAAUAAGAAUCCUUGCAACAUUCUCUUUUUCUACUUGAAAAAAAAGCACCCAAGCCCAAGGAUCAUGCUCCCAACGAACAAGAUGCCCAUCUUGCGGUAGCUCUAAGAUCAAGCCAGAACCUGGGAAUGAACUGGAUGCUCUUGCAGCUGUAGUCGCGAAGAAGCUACCGAAGCUGUACUAUGGAGGAAGCGCAGGCAAAGGAGAUGGUGGGGGUGAACAGGGAGAGUUAAGAUUGGUUGACCACUGUACGUAUGAUAAUUCAUACAACCUUGAUCACUGUUCCUAAUAUUCUAGAAAAGUCUGCUCAAGACACUUGCACCUCGUCCUCCCCUUACUUGAAACGUCCUGCUCUAAUGCAUGAUGACAAACUGACGAACGUUUCUACCUCACAUCUUCUAGCCAGCAAGGUGAUUGACGAUGACGAUGUGGGAUCCGAAGUCGGUUCUGCCGUCGGUUCUGCUGUAAGCGCAGCAUCAUACGUCUCAUCCUCGAUCACUGCAAGCAGUAUCGUUUCAUCAGUUAAGAUUCUCGUACAUCUACAUUAGUGAUUCAAAUCGUAUUGAUUGGUACAGCUGUUUGGUAGAGGAACAUCAACUUGGUAGAAGCAUCAUAAUAAAUUCUUCUGCUUGAGCACUCUUAGUUGAUAUUCAACUACGACUUACUAGACCUAGAGGUAGUUCUGCUUGCUCAGGAAUCCUGACAUAAUACCCUAAUAUAGAAACAAGAAGAAGAACACUAGCACAGCGCUAAUCCCGCUGUUCGUGCUCAGCCGACCGGUGGCGCACUCGGUGAUACUCUUGGUCUGAAGAAGAAGGACAAAAAGAAGAAGAAAGAGAAGCGCAGUAAGUCGGUCGGAGCAGGCAAUGCAGAAAUCCUGGAGGCUCUGCGCGAAAAGGCCCGCAAUGGAAGCUACGGGGCGCGUCGUGACGACUCUCACAUGAUCAAGGACGUCAUUUCGAAUGACGGGAGCUACGUCAGCGCUCCCAUCGUCUAUACCGAAGAAAACCCACCGCUAUUCGAUAAAUACUUCUUAAGGCUCUUGGAUUUUUGAAUGUAUAAGGCUUUGUUUCAUCUUCAACUACUAUUUGAACUACCUUCACCUUUACUCCUCCUCCUCCAACUCACCUUCACCAUCCUCCUCCACCUCCACCACACCCCGUUCAUUCCCUUUCUAUUCGAACAAGAUCAUGAAGAACGUAGGUCGAGCGCGACCACCACAAGAUGGAGUAAGGACAUUGGGGAAAUCCUUCACUUUGGACGAGCUCAUCGCGAAAAAAGGUGGCGUCCCGGAAAUGGCAAAGGAAAAAACAGACUACAAGCGGAACUAUCGUUUAAGAGAGCCAUUUUUGUCUGCUUUGUUUCAGCUGCCUCCAUUCUUUGGAUCAAAUUCAAAAAGAAGAUCAAGAUUACUACUUUACCCCGAAAAGUCCUCCUGUCUCAAUCACAUUCUAAUCUCUUUUCCCUUUGACACACGAUCUGACGUGGAUGUGGACCUGCGCAACCCUAUCAUCAAAGACCUAAAGGACGUCGUCGGCAAGAAGGGCAUUCUCGACGUUGCCCCGCACAAUACCAGUCUCAAUAUUAUGUUUGUUUGAGUUUUAGAUUUACUGUUUUUUUAGUGUUAAGUUAGGAAGGUCAUUAGAAGAGAUUGAUAAUUUCACUGUAUCGUCAGUCUAGAACAACAGCAUUACAUUUUAAAUGACACUUCACCUUGACACUCUUUGGAACGAGUUGCUCAUUUUAUUUUAUAUAAACUGCGUGUGGUGUCGUGUCGUGGUGGUACAACCAUUUUUUGGCUUCGGUCCCACUAGUAGAGCGACCUAUAGUGUUGCGUACUUAGCAUAUCACGAUCACUGACGAAGAAUAUCAAGAUCAAGAUCAAGAUCAACAGCGACGAGCUACACCAGGUAGAUGAUUUCAAUCUCUAACUGCCAAUCUUUCCUGAAAGCCGGAACGAGUGAGGUGAGCGCCAACGUGUACGGACACCAGUAUUUGCAUCCGAUGCCUUCAAUGGCGCCUAGGGUGUUUGGGGAGAAGCACGUGCCGUUUGACAAGCUCUUCAAAAAUCGGGUCAAGGUCAGACGUCCCAAAGACUACGAUUAAACGGAGAUAUAUCGUGAAGUGGACGAGGAGGAGUAGAGGCCUAUGUUUAUAAGUGUAGAUCCUCAUAUAAGUCUACCUCGUCCUGAGGAGGAAUGGGGACCUAGGACCUAGGAAACAGAGAAUCGUAAGGAGGAAUCAUGGGCGGGACCUAUAUUUUGGUUUAUUACUAGUCUAGGAGCUGGUAAGAGGUAUGUUGAGGUUUUUACGUUUCAGGGACUAAGGGUCCUCUUCUAGGUUUAGUAUGAAGAUGCAGCUGAUGAAGUAGGGAUGUUUCCUCUACUUCUCCUAGGACUAGAUAGUAGGCGACUACAGCAAAAGACCGACAGUCGCGGGAUCAGUCAAUAGGCGGUUGUUAUUAACAUUCCAAGCACAUUGACGAAUUUUGCACAGCAUCUUGUCAUCUCGUGAUUGUUUUCAAUUUCAUUUACCUUACGAAAAAACUAUAUGAGUCACAUUCAUUUUUAUUCCACUUUGAACACAAUUGGUAGUACUAGCAAACGAAAUCGAAAUUCAUCUCAGCUCCUCUUACGAAGUAUUGACCAUCAUGUUGAAUCAAAGAAAUUAUCGUUGUUCCCUUGAGAUUGAGUAUUCUGAAAAUGUCUAUGUUGUCAUAUAGUUCCACCUCCAGAUGUUGCUUGUGGGGAUCGAUCUCAUUUACAAACGACCGUGAAGCACAACCAUGAUCGGAUCUAGUUUUAGGAACGUUAAUGAGUCGUACAAGUACCACAUAAAAAUGAGCUUCAACAUCUGUUCAUCAUCACAUUUUCUCCCAAAAAAGAAUAGGACAGGCCGACCCCGACUAAAACGACUAAAUCACAUCCCAACCCCCUCAAGAGGACGAGCAGCACGAAGACAAAACUUAAUGAACAUCACUGUAUCCAGAAAAUGUGAAUGAACAUUGUAUAUGUAUCCACUUCUCUGCGGGAACCUGAGCUAGGGCUAUAACACAGCAGCACACGUGAGUCUUCCUAACAAGAAUGUGCAACAGGAGAGUGUGGCAGCAUGUGAAGCUCUUCACUGUAUACCAUUAUUAACGAGUGCCGAGCAGAU